AUGGGGGAUGAAACACAAAAUUCAAAGAAAUCAAAGACAAUGAGGCAGAAGAUACAACCCAACCUUCAACAAUUUAUGCUUAAGAAAAUAAAAUCUCAAGGCAAUUCUUGUUCUUCACCGAGAGAUAUUGAGGCUCCUUCUCCUAAUGUUAGUGAGUUUCCUUCCAUUUCCCCUCAAAGUCAAGAAAAUAUUGUGGAAUUGAACAAUUCAAGUACUUUUAGUGAACCAUCACAAGAGGAAGAAUUGUUAUAUGAUGUGGAACUUCUUCCACAUGAUCCGGGAAAAAGAAUAAAUAUAAUGGAUUAUGCUCCAAAUCAAAGAAAUGCUGUAAGGAGAGCAUACAUUCUUAAGAAACCUUGUCAACCAAUAACUCAUGAUUUUCCUCAAAGAGAGUUAGGAGGUAUGCGCAGUUUUAGUGUUUCUUGGUUUAAGAAAUUUGAUUGGCUUGAAUAUAGUGUUGAGAAAGAUGCAGCAUUUUGCUUUGUUUGUUACUUGUUCAAGAAUGAUGGUAAAAUUAGUGUGGGAGGAGAUGCAUUUGUUUAUGGGGGAUUUAGAGCAUGGAAUAAACCCGAUAGAUUUGAGAAGCAUGUUGGUGGGGUUAAAAGUGCUCAUAAUCUUGCUUAUGAAAAAUUUGUGAUUUUAAGAGACUCGAAAGAGAAAUCUCUUGUUCAUGUUUUUGAUAAUGCAACUGAUAUGAUUCGAAGUGAGUAUGAAACCCGUUUGAAAGCUUCACUUACUUGUUUGAGAUUUCUAUUGCGCCAAGGGUUGGCAUGUCGUGGACAGGAUGAAAGUGGAGAGUCAAUUAGUAGGGGGAAUUUUCUUGAGCUUUUAAAGUGGCUAGCAGAACAUAAUGAUGGGAUUAAAAAGGUUGUUUUUGAAAAUGCCCCAGGAAAUUGUCAAAUGACGUCUCCUACAAUUCAAAAAGAUCUCAUCAACUGUUGUGCUAAAGAAACGACAAAGCGCAUUAUACAAGAACUUGGUGAUGACUACUUUGGUAUUUUGGCCGAUGAGUCGAGCGAUGUGUCUCAAAAGGAACAACUAGCUCUUUGUUUGCGUUAUGUUGAUGGUAAAACAGAAAUGAUAGUAGAACGAUUUCUUGGGCUCGUACAUGUUAGUGACACCACUGCUAUGUCACUUAAAAAUGCAAUAAUAUCUUUUCUUAUGGAGCAUUCGUUGAGUCCAUCUAAAAUUAGAGGUCAAGGGUAUGAUGGAGCAAGUAACAUGAAAGGUGAGAUAAAUGGUCUUAAGACAUUGAUCAUGAAAGAUACUCCAUGUGCUUACUAUGUUCAUUGUUUUGCUCAUCAACUACAAUUAACAUUGGUUGCCGUUGCUAGAAAAAAUAAUGAUUGUAGUUGGCUUUUUGAAACACUUGCAAACUUGAUGAAUGUGAUUGGAGUUUCUUGCAAGCGAAGAGAUAUGAUUCGAGUAAUUCAAGCUCAAAAAGUUGCUCAUGCUUUGGAAAUUGGUGAACUUGAGAGUGGAUCGGGUUUGAAUCAAGAGUUGAGGUACUUGUCACAGCCCGACCUAAACUAG